AUGAAGUUCUUGCUUAAUACAAUUGACUCUUCACUUAAAGAUGGUUCAAUUUUGUACAUGAAAGUGAUAAAUCAACAUGCAGAUAUUCAACCAAGAAUUAUUUCGUGCCCUUCACCAAAGCAAACACGAUAUGAGAAAACAAAGUAUAUUUUUAAUCUUGAUCUUUGGAGAUACUUAGUAGCCAAAGAUCAGCUUUAUGUGAAAAAUCGCGAAAAGCCUUGGUGUGAUGUUCCAAAAGAAUUACAAGUUAUUACAAAUGCUCUUUGUCAAUUCUAUGGAACACCUAGUUGUACUCGUCUUCCAUGUCAUAUGAUUUAUUCCUCAUCAGAUACAUUAACCAAUAUUGACUGUGCUUCCAAUGGACAAAUCAGCACAAAGGUUUCUACGAAGAGAAACAAGAAGUUUCAAUGCAAAAGAGGUUAUUCGUUGGAUCUGUUUAUGAAAGAUAACGAAAAUCAAUCAUAUCCAUCGAUUAUUGCUGAUCCAUUCACACCAAUAACGAAUAGUUUCUAUGUGAAAGUUUUACAUAAUCAAUAUCGAAGUUGUAAUUCUAUGUGGGGAAUGAUUCAGACUCAUGAAUCGUUGAGUUACUAUCCUUGGAGUGGUGAUCGUGAAAAAAUGAAACUAUUUGAUGUUACUUUCGGUUAUGAUCGAUCCGUUUACGAUUUUGUACCACCACCUUGGUUGAUUAAUUAUAUUGAUGGAAUUGAUCAAACACCAAAAAGACUUUCUCUGAAACAAGUGAUGACAAAUAAGAAACCGAUCAAUUCGCCGUCCAACAGAGAUGAUUAUUGGAUUAAUCAACAAACAAAUUCGAUUCAAUCAUCGUAUGUCAAAGCAUCAAUUCUCUGGAUGAAUAGCAACUGUCAAACAAUUUCAAAGCGAACACAAUAUGUAGAACAGAUGAUGAAAUUCAUCGACAUUGACAACUUUGGAUUAUGUGGUACAAAUAUUCGACCUUUACCUCAACAUAUCAUUGAUCUUGAAGGUUCAAAGACAAGAAAUGAACAAAACCGCAAUAGCUAUAAUUGGGAAGCGGGAAAACUUGCACUUACAAGUGAUUAUCUCUUCACCAUCGCUAUUGAAAAUAGUCGAAGUUAUGAUUAUGUAACAGAAAAACUUUGGCAACCAUUACUUGUUGGAAGUGUUCCAAUUUACCUUGGUGCACCAAACAUUGAAGAUUGGUUACCUUGUCGAACUGAUUGUAUCAUUGAUUUAAGAAAAUUUAAAACACCAAAAGAUGCUGCAUUGUUUAUCAAAAAUGUGGCAAAGAAUCGAACAUUGUAUGAAAGUUAUCAUCAAUGGAGAAAUGAAGAAAUUCCUGAUAAACUAAAGAAGAUGUUAAAAUACUUUUCAUCGAUGAGAAAUUACAGUUUAGAAUGUGUUUUAUGUGAAAUGUCAAAACGUGUUGAUGAAGGACAAAGUGCAAAAGAAACGAAGAAAAAGAUUUUAGAUAUUGUUGGUCAUUUGUAA